UUGUUACUCCCGAGCACUAAGAUUAACUAUCUAAUAAUUUGUAACUGUACAGACUCUCUUACUCUUCAAACUGAAACAUACUUGGCGACAGAUAUAGGUAAGAGGAUAUCGUUCGUGCAAUACCUGGCAGUGCUGUUGCUUAUUAUCAAUACAGUCAAUGCGUUUGCAAUUAAAAAAGUCUUUAACGCAACCCAUGACUCCCUGCAGGAUCUAUCAGUAGCCGAAAGUUUGCAAUUAGAAGUACGACAUGAUCUUAAACGGCUAAAUGGUAUUAGUGUAAAUAUUUCUAACAAAAGUAAUGAACUUUUAACUACUGCUACAAAUGAAAACCUAAAACAUCUAGAAGUCUCGACCACAGCAAACUUUUUUGAGGUAACGCAUCAUCCAACAGAUGAAUUGAAAGAACACGUAAUCGAAGCUGUUAGUGGCGUUACAAGUGACGAUACUUUAAAUUCUAGUGUUGACAGUUCUGUUUAUCAGGAAUUUGCAGAGAAUUUAAAUAAUGAUAAAACAACAGAAUACAUGCAUUUACCAUCAAAUAAAUCAAAAAGCGCGUCACAAAUGAAAGAGAUAGCUACUUCUAAGACGUUAUCUUUUGACGUACCCGAUUACAAGAAAAGUAGUGUGCCAGAUGAUAUGAAAAUAAAAAUGGAUAUAACGCAAUUGGAAAACGUAGCCAUACCUACAAAUAAGUAUUUAGCAAUAUCGUCAGAAACAGAAAACGCAUCCGAACUUCCUAGGUUGAUUACCACUGAGAACCAUAACACAGAUACUGUUUUACCGUAUUGGAAGAGAUAUACCGUCAUAGAAAGGAAAAAAGUGAUUACAACAACUGAAUCAUCUGCUCCUACGAUUACUGCGGAAAGAGAAGAAAUGAUCAAAGCAGAAACCCGCGUAACUUUGAAAGAUUCGAUUACCUCAGAUGCGGUAGAACAAAUAAAAAAAGAUAAACUUAUAUCGACAGAAGCGAUUUCAGCGUCUGAAUAUUUAUCUAGUACUAUUGACUAUCAAAAUAUUCCUGUAAUUCAAAAAAUGAAUAAUUUAACAAAAUCUGAUGAACAAUCAACGCAAACAUUGAAAUUAGAAUCGGUAUCAUCGAAGAGAGGCGGUUUUUUAAAUUUUUCAUUAAAAUCAAAAGAACAAGAAGAAGUUACAACAAAUAUGAUAUACUCCACUGAUUCAAUAAUAAAUAGUGAUUACACUACUCCUAAAUUAGACACUUUCCAAGGAGAGCAUGCUGGUACUAACAUCCCAAGAUUAGGAUUAGAAUCGCAAAGUUAUUUAAAGGAGGAUGCGAUUAAAGAAGAGCUGCUUCAAGAGACCUCACUUAGUAAUAACGAGGAAACUUCUGAACAACAACGUGAAGAGCAUUUUAAUAAUACCGAAACUAUAUUAUCUACUUUAGAAACAUAUAGUAGUGACACAACACAGUCAACCCGCAACUUAGAAUGGAUGACACAAGUUGAUGUCACAAGCACUGACAACAAAUUAAAUGUUAAACCAAUUCAGGAUAAGGGAAAAAACACUAUGCUAUAUACAGUUAGUCCAAAUUACAAACCAAUGAAAAAAAUUGAAGUUCAACCACCUAAGCCAUUUGUAAGGGAUCCGGAUGAUAACAGCUGGAGAAAUGAAAGUAUUAGUUCAAUGGGGAUUGUUUUCAAACCAAAGAAUUCUUCGAAACCUUUCACUCAAGUCUUGAAAAAUAAGACAGAGACUGAAUGGAGCAAUAUAUUGAGCAGAGAUAGUAAAAUUGAUGUACCUGAUUUAAGAGAAAGAUUAGAGAAAAUAGCUCAGAAAAGAAAAUCAAAGAAAAAGAAAGCUAAUCUAUUUGGUAAUACUAUCUAUACAGACUAUGAGGAAAGUAACAGUUCAGAAGAAAUAACUAGUACUCCAAAAGCUCACUUUAUGACUACCGGAAGCAUGUCAGAAAUCACAAUCGUCGCACAACUACCAGAAGCAGUGUCAGACGCGUUGUUUACUCCUAGUAUAUCAACAUUACCUGUUGUAUCGACCACUAUAACAAGUACAGUAACAACAGAUACAACCAUUCAAUCAAAUGUAGCCACCACCGUCACAACACCUACAGUUCUAUCUGAAGCUUCUAGUAAAAAAUAUAAUACAACAAAAGAAACUGACACUCAUAAAAAGGAUAAAAAUAAACCAGUUACGACGGGAAAAGGAAAAAAAUAUUUCAAUGUCAUUGAUUACUAUGAUAUAUCUGAUGAUGAUGAUAAUGACGAGCCAGAAUAUUUAGAAUUAGCAAAGUUAGAAUUAAAAAAAUAUACUGUUCCUCUUCGUAUGACAAACACACCCUUCGCUACAUCUCCUCCUUUACCAUAUCAAUUAACGAAGCCCUUAAAUGAAUAUUUGCCAGAAAGAAAACCUACAUUACAAUAUUUUCCACCUCUUGAUGUUCAUGAAACAAAAUCUGAUAGAUUUGUUAGUGAAUUUGAAAGGAAAUACAAGUCCAAUAUGGAAAAAUCUCCUUCUCCAAAGGACGUAUUAUAUGUAACUACUACGAAAGAUACAAAUGUCCUACAAGAUAAAUAUCAUUCGAGAUACAAUGAGGAACGAAAUAUUUUAAAGUCCAGUCAUAAUUUACUGCCGGUUGAAUUACCAAGUAUGUAUAAAUCAAAUGCAUUUAACAAAAACAUUUAUCUCACUGAAUCCCCGAGGAUAACUACUGAGCAAAACAGUGCGUAUGGGCUCAGUUAUAACAAUGAAGGUUUCAAUAGAGCUUCAUACGUAAUAAGGAAUUAUAAGGAUGUUCUUGAACAAGCUGCUAAAGAUUACGACUAUGAUAGAGAUGUAGAUUACUUACCCUUCACACAAACACCUUUAAGAGGUGUAACAAUAAGUGAUCUUAUUGCACAAACAAAAGACAAAGUUAAAAUGAAUGUAAAUGAAAAUUAUGACUAUGACGCAAAGUUCCGGAAGGAUGUCCUAGAGAGAUUUGUCGAUAAUUUUAAUCAAAAAGAAGCGCGUUACAACGCCAAUUUUCCGGUUCUGUACAAUAAUAGUGUUAUGCAUGUAAACACGGCGGAACACGGCGAGGCCAUUGCUUCUUCUAGAUCGUUUCUAAAAGGUGUUUACAAUCCAACCGAUACUAAAUCUGGUUAUGCUUAUCAGCAGCCGUAUGACCCUAACUGCGAUAACAUUACAGUAGAACUUUCCCCCGCCUAUGAACUUACGUAUUACGUACCGGAUCAAGAGGAAAAAGAAGAGAUGGAGCCAAAACCGGUCAAGUAA